GUGGCUGUGACGUUAAAAAUUGAGAACACGACCGGCAGUUAUAAACAAUUUUUUUUUUUUUUUUAUGUAUGUCACCGCUUCACUGAACAGCUAGUAUGUCGUGGUCAUAACAUGUUACAUUGCAACACAAUGACAUUCACGUUCGAGAGUUCAACAUGGCUCUGUGGUCCGAAACUACGACCAUGUACAAAGUUGGAAUUGUUGGAAUCGUCCUAAGUUUUGUCGUCUUCGUUGUUGGGUUCGGAACUCCAGUUUGGUCGGUUACUGUGGUGGAUUUAGAAAGAGAUGUAGCAUCUCUGCUGUUUGGCCAUGGGAGUGUUUUUGAAUUCACGCACGGACUGUGGCAAAUUUGUCAACAAAAGUCAUCAACUUCCAAAUUAUUAUUGUACGAUUGCGAGAUGGUUUUCUUCGAUUUUAUCCGUGGCAUUGAAGUUGUAGCCUGCGUGUUUCAUCUGGCUUCGUGUCUCUGUGCUUUGUUUAAACAAAGAUGCUCCAAGUAUCGACCGACUGGGAUUGCAGUCCUAGGAACUAUAGCAGGAGUUACUGGCCUUAUUGGAGAAACAAUUUUUGCUGUUGCGGGUUCCGAAGCUCCUACAAGUCUAAUACGGCACGAUAAUUCGACAGUCAAUUUAUCGUGGUCGUUUGCCUUGGCUGUUGUCGGGUCUGGACUGGUUAUAAUAUUUUCCAUUCUGGUUGGCAUGGGCAGUCGCAUGUCUGUCCUAAGCCACAUGUCGACCGAUGCUUCCAAUCAGAACAUGCAUGAGCUAGCAGGUUACUAACCAGGUCACUAUGCAGCCAAGACUUCGGCCUGCUACUCAGGUACAGCCGUAUAUAAACCACAGUACCAACCACAGAUUCAACCUCACAGUUAAACACAUCAUCAUCCAAAGUUAACUUCAACAUCAAACACAGACCUAACCACAGUACCAGCCACAAAAUCAACCACAAUAUUAACUACAGUCAAGUAUCUACCACAGGAUCAAUCUCAAAGUUAACCACAGAAUCAACCCAACAAAUGUCAACCACAGUAUCAACCACUAUAUUAACCACAAGACCAGCUAAAGAAUCAACUACAAUAUCAGCCACACAGUCGACCACAGUACCAACUGCAGAAUUAACUACAUAAUCAACCACUAAUUGAUCACAAUAUCAACCACACAACUUCAAUAUUAGCCACAGUCGACCAGUGUUCCAACUGCAGCAUGAACCACAGUAUCAACCACACUACCAACACACCAAGCAGGCAUACCAUUCGUAGAUCAAAUAAUUUUUCACCUGGAGAAAAGGUGAAUAUAGUAGUGUUUUCUUCCAUGUUGUAACCCCGAGUCGUAUGCCUGCUGGGCAUGUGUAUAGUGGGCAGAAUAUGUGAAACAAUUGUGGCUUUUGUGGUAAAAGCACCAAAAUUGGCAUAUUUUUAACAUGUUCUUAAUGAUUUGAGAUAUAGUGCCCAAGCUGAAUAUUUCCUCUGGUGCCCACAAAUGGGAAAAAUCCCAGAUGGCCACCACGCAUAAUACCUGUGUCAUAAUAUGACGUGAAAACAUGAAUGAAAUGUCUUUUACUGGGUUUUCACAUCCAAGGAAUCCAUGGGUGGGAUGUAGCCCAGCGGUAAAGCGCUCAAUCGAUGCAUGGUCGGUCUGGGAUUUAUCCCCGUUGGUGGGCCCAUUGGGCUAUUUUUCAUCCCAGCCAGUGCACCACAACUGGUAUAUCAAAG